UGCGACCUUAUUAACUUCACUAGAUUGUACCGUAGCGCUACACCGAGCGGACGUGAGAUUCACAAAGCCGCACUGCGUGUGUUUUUCUGCGUGAGCCGCUGUACAGAGACUCAAAGUGGCGCUACAGCCGAGCGGCAGUGCGAAGAAAAUGGCUUCGAGAAAUCGGGCGUUAAAAGCGACACAAACGGGACUUGUUACACGUUUGUAACGCACGAUCUCAGAUGAUCGUAAACCGUGUGCCGGCUCUAAACCCGAGGAAUGAGAGACGCAGUUUCACCGAAUCACCAGGAGGGGGCGAUGAGGAUGGGACCCUGGACCGGGCCGCACAUCAAAUUAAGUAGCUAGGAUCGUGGCAGGAAUCAGAAGAUGCUGCUGCUCUGAGAUUUGGGAAAUUGUCCGUUUUGAACUGGAUGGUUAUUUUCCGCGGCGGCGCACAGCUAAUUAAAGACGCUCGAUCUUGACGGCUUUUCCCUCCUUACGAACAUAUCACCCCUCCUCCUCCUCCUCCCCCUUUCCCCCUGUUGUGCUUGACGUUUUGGUGGCUGUGUGGAUUGUAUGGCAGCGGCGUAACCGUGGAGAGGCCGGGGUAUCACAAGCUUAUGGAUUUUGAUAAGAGAGGUGGAGGAGGAGGUGGUGGAGGAGGAGGAGGGAGAGGGGAAGCGGAAGAAGGGAAAAAGAUGUCGAAGACCGGAGGGAGCAGGUCCGGUCACACCGGACGCACCUCUGCGCCCAAUUCGGGCGUACUCAUGGUCGGACCAAACUUCCGCGUAGGGAAGAAGAUCGGAUGUGGGAAUUUUGGUGAACUUCGGCUCGGGAAGAACCUGUACACCAACGAAUACGUAGCCAUAAAACUGGAGCCGAUCAAAUCCCGAGCGCCGCAACUGCAUCUGGAGUACAGGUUCUACAAACAGCUCGGUAACACGGAGGGUGUUCCUCAGGUGUAUUAUUUUGGUCCAUGUGGGAAAUACAACGCCAUGGUGCUGGAGCUGCUGGGGCCGAGUCUAGAGGAUCUAUUCGACCUCUGUGACCGAACCUUCUCCCUCAAGACUGUGCUCAUGAUCGCCAUUCAACUGAUCACACGGAUGGAGUUCGUUCACACCCGCAGUCUGAUCUACAGGGACGUGAAGCCGGAGAACUUCCUCGUGGGCCGACCAGGCAGCCAACGGCAGCACACCAUCCACAUCAUCGACUUCGGCCUGGCCAAAGAGUACAUCGACCCCGAGACCAAAAAACACAUCCCUUACCGAGAACACAAGAGCCUGACGGGCACGGCGCGCUACAUGAGCAUCAACACACACCUGGGCAAAGAACAGAGCAGGCGGGACGACUUGGAGGCUCUGGGUCACAUGUUCAUGUAUUUUCUGCGAGGCAGUUUGCCGUGGCAAGGCCUGAAGGCCGACACAUUGAAAGAGCGAUAUCAGAAAAUAGGAGACACCAAAAGAGCGACUCCUAUUGAAGUGCUUUGUGAGAGCUUCCCAGAAGAGAUGGCUACGUACCUGCGCUACGUCAGGAGACUGGACUUCUUCGAGAAACCGGAUUACGACUACUUACGCAAACUCUUCACGGAUCUCUUCGACAGGAACGGUUACGUCUUCGACUACGAGUAUGACUGGGUCGGGAAAACUCUGCCGACCCCAAUAGGACCGGUUUCCACUGACACACCACUCCAGUCCAACAGCAGAGAUAAAGCACAGCAGCAGACCAAAAACCAGUCUCCCGAACCCAAAGGAAGUGAAUCCCAGCCGACUCCUGUGACCAACAGGGAGCUCCUGGGCUCGCAUCUCACCGCUGAUAGGCUGGGGGGCUCUGUGCAGGUCAUGAGUUCUACCAACGGUGAGGUGAACACGGACGAUCCCACAGCGGGGCACUCCAACGCUCCCAUCACCGCUCCUGCUGAGGUCGAGGUCGCCGACGAUACAAAGUGCUGCUGUUUUUUUAAGCGGAGGAAGAGGAAAGGCCUGCAGCGGCACAAGUGAAGAAGCGUGGAGAGGAGAGAUGGAAAGGAGAGAGAGAGAGAAAAAGGGGACUGGAGCGUGGAUCGCUCCAUGCGUGUGUGUGUGUGUGUGUGUGUGUGUGUAAGUGUGUGUGAGAUACUUGUCAGAUCCGAAGACUCUGAACUGCCACUUGCUUUAUAAAGAAACAAAGCAUAUAGAGGAGUUAACGAAUGUACAAACACCCGAGACGCAGAGAGACUGACUGAGUGAGACGUGUGUGUGUGUGUGUGUGUGUGUGUGUGUGUGUGUGUGUGUGUGUGUGUGUGUGUGUGUGUGUGUGUGUGUGUGUGUGAGCAGAGAACGUGACGGCAGACGGACAGACGGUGUAUUCCUGUAUUUUUUAGAUCACGUUAUCAGAGGACUUAAAGCAACCGUUUAAACGCUGAGUGUUUAAUUUUACAGGAUGAAAGUAAGAGCCUGAUUGUGAGGACUUCAGACUGUGAUGUCAGGAAACGUCAGGAAACGCAAACCAGAAUCACUCUGCUUCUGUACAUUGUGUGGGUUUGGGUUAGUUUUCUUUGUUUUCUUUUUGUUUGUUUGUUUAUUUUUAAUGUAAUUUAAAAUGAAGUUGUUUUGUUGCUCUGCUG